AUGGAGGAGCCAGCAGUUAGGAGCUGUCUGCUAGAUAUGUUAUCAGUGACAGACACUGCAGUCAAUUCAAUAAGGAAAAAUCCAUCACCUAAAUCCAACAACAGCAACAACCCAGAUGUAAGUUGUAGUCAGUCUUCAAGUGUCAGCCAAGAAUCGUGUAAGGAAUCAGUUGGAGGAAGUACAACAGUCAGUGAAGUUCUCAUUGCCUCUACCAAUGUGGCAAGAUGUGAAUUAGACGACAAGCCACUACCAAAACAAGUUACUGUUGUACGUCACAAUGGCAUGACUAUUAAGUCUGAUGUUGAUGUUAUUAAAUCACAGAAUACUCUGCUACGAAUGUUAAGUGACAGCAGCUAUGAUGAUGAAGGGAAAGAAAAUUUACCAAUGGAAGAAAAUGUGAAUGAUAGUAUAGUAUCAGUAGAAGGCAGAAUUACGAUCUCAAGUGAUAGGAAAACUGACUCAAGAAAAGACAGGUUCUUGCAGGUGGAUAGAAAUCAUAAUGUUAAAAAGAAUCAAGGAGUGGAAUCAGAGACCUGUUCCUCAGCUAGAACUACCACUGGUAGCAGUAUACAAGAUGAUGUUAAAAUUGAACAGUUUCACUUGACAGACAAACAGAAAUCUCUACGACAAUUAUUAGGCAAAAAGUCUGAUCAAAGUGGUCCUGUUAAAAGAGUUAUCCAUCCUAAAUUACUACAGAAACAGGAACCAGUCCAGAAGAUGUGUAAGAAAGAUGAAGGAUGUGUAUCUAAGGAAAUGUUGGCAGCGUCAGUUGCUGCUUCUGCUGCAGCAGCUGUAGCUCAACCCUUCUUUCAGAAAGAGUUUGAAGAUAAGAUACACCAGACGUAUCAUCUAGUUAAAAAUAAUCCCCAGUCUACUGAAGAUAGUGAUAAAAGGAUUGAAGAGCUAGAGAAAAAGGUGUCUGUUUUAAAUGAACAAAGAAUUGAUCAUCUAGAGAAAUUACAACAAUAUCAGAUGGAAAUACAGACUCAGAUGCUGUCACAGCCCUGUAAACAAACAAAUCCAUCUUAUCACAGUGCUAAACCAGGUGUAAUAUCAGUUGCCCCAGGGGUUGAUAGACCUUCACAGUUAUCUCCCCCUAGAGUCCCAUCAACUGUUUAUUUCCCCAGACAAGCUCCACAACCAAAGCAUUACUCCUACCCAUCUGAACAUUCUGUAGAUCCUUCAUACCCCAGAGAGCCACCUACUGCUGCAUAUUUCCCAAGGGAUUACCCACAUGCUAGUAGAGCGAGAGAACCAAUAUAUCCCGGAAUAGACCAACCAGGUACCAGCAAAUCAAGAGAUCCUCUGUAUUCAGCAGAUUUUCAAAGAGACCAUCCACAAUCCAGAGAUAUUUCUCGAAGAGAACCUUCUCCAAAUGUUAUUUAUCCACGAGAGGACAAUCGUCCAGGUCAUAUUCCAAGAAACCCAACAUCAAGAGCCCAUUUUCAAAGGAGUCCUCCUCCACAAGAUGGUAGAGGAAAAUAUUUUCCUGCCAGAGACAGAUCUUUUUCUCCAAGUCGUAAUAAUGAGCCAGCAUUUAAAAUCUCACCUAAGAAAGCAUCCCAAGUUAAAUUGUCUCCAUCCCGAGCACAAUCAUCCAAAUAUCAGCAAUCAAAAAGAAAAUCACCACCAAGACAAGAAGUUAAAUAUUUUCCACGAAAAAGAGAGCAGCCUAAACGAUCACCUGUGAAAAAUAAAGAGAGAAAAGAUUCUCCAUUGGAUACCCCAGCUCCAAGAACCAGAGUUCCUACUCCCAUGGUUUAUGAUGAUGAGGUUUCUCACACUUCUGAUCCUAGAUUUAACUAUGGAGGAUUAUUAGAAGAGAUAAUGGAGAAGAAUAGGUCUCCAUCUAGACCCGAUAAAGAUACAACUUUCUCUGUUCCUGAUGAUACACAAUAUAACAGACUAUUUACAUAUUUUCAAGACUAA